AUGGCGGGGGUGCGCGACCCAGCUUUUUGGCGCCGAUUCUCAAUGGCGGUCCAUCUGGAUGAAGAGAAGGGAACAAUGUCAGAUUCAAAAUCGACUUCGACUUCGACUGUAUCGCCGAAGCCUGGAUACAAACAUACGGAUUCCUGGCUGGAGCGGACACGGAAGAAACAGCGUCGAACCCGGAUCCUGGGCUGGGUCAUCGCUUUGGGCUUUCUUAUCAUCGUUGUGGCCAUCGUUAUGGUCCUCCUGUGGCUCGCGAAAGUCGGACCGUUCAAGCAA